AAAAAUACAGCUUUUUGCCCAUGUUUUAAGCCUAUGAACUAUCUGUUAAAGCUGAUCCAUUGUUUUUGAGAACAUGUUCAUUAUUUUAAGGCUUAUCAUCAAAGUUCGAUUAUCGUCGACAUCAGAAACAUCCAUCAUCAUUGAGCAGGUGCCCUAAUGCUCUCUCGAGACCAAAGAUGGCCAGAGAUAAUUGUCGGCACCUGCCAGGUAACCCCGAUCGGCGUCGGAGACAAUACAGAUAACACGGGGCAAGUGGUCGGAGGAGGCGGCAAAAAGCGGGCCAAGCUCGAUCGGUAUCGGAGGGACUGGAGAGCUUGGCCUUGCUCACUUGUCAGUCGUCAUCGACAAAUCUCACGAACAACCUCACCCGUCACGACACCUUCUUUAGCUCGACAGCUCUAUAAACAACCCACUGAAUGGCGCAGCUGGUGGCUUCAAUGUCUGAGAAUUAAGCCACAGAAAAGAAAUCAUCCUAUUUCUCGCCAGCGCGCCCAGCGCAUCAUGUGGCGCCAUGGCCUCGCCGGCAGCACAGCCGGCAGCCGCCUCCAUCUGUCCGCCACCAUCACGAGAACAAGAACGACAAUAACGUCAGCUCAGCCACUGCGCUUGCCACGCCCUUGGCGAACAAUCGUCACCUCACCAUCACAUUGCCGACCCCUCCACCCCUCAUCCGGUCCCUUCGAGCCCCUCCGACCCCCCUCCCCCUCCUCGCUCGGCGCCCCCCGGGCCGCGAGAUCGUACCCCCGGGCCGAAAAAUACCUCCGCCGCCUCGUCGUCAUCUCUGCGCUCCUCGGCGCCGGCUAUCUAGUAGACUCCCAAAUCUACGCCUCCGGCAUAGCCCGCUCCCUCCGCACCUUUGGCACCGGCCUCCUAGUAGCAGCCGACUACAAGCUCAACUUCCGGCCUCACCCCAUCCCUAUAAUCGGCUCCAAAUCCGGCAUCCCCGAGCUCCACCGCCGCAGCGCGGAGCGCAUGUCCGACUUGCUACGGCACAAUGGCGGGCUGUACCUCAAGAUCGGGCAGGCAAUCGCCAUGCAGAGUGCUGUCUUGCCGCCGGAGUUCCAGAAGAUGUUCGCGAGGAUGUUUGAUGAUGCGCCGCAGGAUGAGUGGGAGCUGGUGGAGAAGGUGAUUAGGGAUGAUUUUGGGGGCAGGUCGGUAGAGGAGGUUUUUGGGGUGGAUUUCACGGGGCGGGAUGAGAGCAAAGGUGUUAUGGAGAAGACUGCGAGGGCGAGCGCGAGUGUGGCGCAGGUUCAUUGGGCGAGGUUGCCGGAUGGGAGGGAGGUGGCGGUCAAAAUUCAGAAGCCCGAGAUUGAGAGGCAGAUUGGGUGGGAUCUGUGGGCUUUCAAGGUCGUGAUGAGGGUAUACACCUGGUGGUUCGACCUGCCAAUGUACUCCAUGGUCCCCUUUGUCAGCGAGCGACUGAAACUCGAAACCGACUUUGAAAACGAAGCCCGCAACUCGGAAGUCAUGCGCGAGCUCAUCAACGACGAGCCCGCUCUCAGAGGAAGAGUUUACAUCCCCCCGGUAUACCCCGAACUGUCCUCCAAGCGUGUCCUCACGACCGAAUGGAUCGAGGGCGUCCGGUUCAACGACAAGUCCGACCUCACCCGCCCCUGGCGAGGCGGUCACGGGAACUACUCCCCAGGCGUCCACGGCGAGCAGCUCCCUUCUCCAGACAUGCCCUCCCUCCGCGCCGCCCUCCGCCAGAACCCAGACCGGCAACGGCUCAAACCCGAGCGCAACUCCUGGCGCGGACCCAACCUCACCGGCGGGCUAGGCGUCUCCCCCAAGGACGUAAUGACCACCAUCGUUGAUCUAUUCUCGGCUCAAAUUUUCAAGUUCGGCGUCGUCCACUGCGACCCUCACCCAGGCAACAUGUUUGUCCGCCGGCUCCCCAACGGAAAGCCAGAGCUGGUCCUCAUCGAUCACGGGUUAUACGUCUACAUGUCUGACCAGUUCAGGCACGACUACGCCUCCUUCUGGAAGGCCCUCAUGACGUUUGACAACGCCAAGAUCGUCCAGAUCGCAUCGGGUUGGGGGGUGAAAGGCGCGGAGAUGUUUGCCUCGGCCACGCUGAUGCGGCCGUACGAAGGAGGCGAAAAUAAGGUUCAGAAGGAGUUCCUCAAGGCCAUGAAGGCCAGGUCGCCGAGCGAGAGGAAUUACGAGAUGCAGAGGAGGAUGAAACAGGGAAUAAGGGACAUGCUCGCCGACGAGGAGAAGUGGCCGAAGGAGUUGAUCUUUAUCAGCAGAAACAUGAGGAUUGUGCAAGCCAACAACGCCAACAUGGGGAGCCCCGUGAACAGGAUCAAGAUCAUGGGGGUCUGGGCCAGCAGGAGUCUGUGGCAGGAUAAAGGGUUGGGGUGGAGGGAGAGGGUGGGAAAUGCGUCGAGGCAUUUGCUUUUCAAAGGGGUUUUGUGGGCGAGCGAUGCCGUCUGGUGGUUCUUUCGGGUGAAGCAGCUGCUGGGGAGGGGAGGGGGAAUGGAGGACGAGGUGGAGGUGAAGAUGAGGGAGAUGGCGAGGGAGAUGGGGAUUGAGUUGCAGCAUGAUGUUUUUGCGGGCUGAGAGGUUGGGGUUCUGGGGAAUAAGGAACAGGAAAGGGAACACGGAACUGAAGGCUAAGAAGGCCGUGCAUCAUAUGAACAGCAGGAAGACAGCUACAGGGCCAGGCAUCAGGUGCGGUGGCGGAUAUUGGUGUGUUAUCAUGAAGCUAGAACCUGAUACCCCCUUUUGGCGUCUGGGAAGGAGACUUGUAGCAAGGAAGCAGGGAGGCCGCCAGGUUAUUCAGUUGCGAUGGGAGCCACAAAAGACAGAACUAGGUAUGUAUGAUAUACAUGAGAGAGGAUGUCGAGCGUGCAUCGCAUCG